UAUAACCCGCACGCACGGGAGUCUCCAGUCUCUUUCCAACUUUAGGCAGCACAACAGAACAGAGCAUCAAUUCCCUCCUUCAUACUCUCUCUCUCUUUCUCCUCUUAACAUAAAUAAUUGCAGAGGUCUCUCUCUCUCUCUCUCUCUCUCUCUGUUGCUGCCAUAGCCAAUGGAGCUUGUUGGGUUGGGGCUUUUCUUCCUUUUUAUGUAAUAUUGUUCUUUCCACAAUUCACGUGAUCUACUUGCUCUCACUUAAUGUGCAUUUUGCAGCUUUUGACGUUCUCCCAGCAGACCACUUAAAGCCCUUCUCAGCCUCCUCCCUCCCCUUUUAAUUCUUUCCUUAAUCCCUUUCCUCCUUAAACUAUACUCUCUUUCUCUGUGUCCGUCUGUCCGUUUGUCUGUGUGUCUUUCUGUCUGGUGUCUUCUCCUUCCUUAUAAACCUCUGUUCUUCCUCUUGUCAUCAUCCCUUGCACAAUACCAAGCCACAAGCUUCCUCCUUCUUCUUGUUCUCGUUGUUGUUGUUGUUGUGUUCAGUGCUAACGAAAGGGAAAAACAUGUACAAGAGGGAGAGACCACCCACAAUUCCCCAGAGGAGGAAGACCCCGUCUUUCUCUUCCUCCCUCCUCGACGCGAUCUACCGCUCCAUCGAUGAGCCGAGCCCGCCGGAAGACAAGGACUCCGGGUUCUAUGCGGGUGCCCCCAGGGUCAAGAAACAGAGCAGUUGCGAAAUUGCCGGUGAUAAACAGGGGAGGCCUAGGCCCUCUCCUUCGUUUUCUUCGCAUUCUUCUCCUUCGUCCACCCUCCGACGAGCCAUUUUGAUCGAGGAGUGGAUGGAGAAGCAGAGCACCCUGCAUUGUAAUGUCAGCCUCAACUCUGCCUCGAUCUCGAGCUCCUCUGACUCCAGCUCCGGAGCAACAUUCUCCUCCUCCUCCGAGGCAGAGUUCUCCCGGAGGUCCUGCAAGUCCUCCAAAUCGAGGCCCAAGCAAGCCGAUCCCUUCUUUGAGCCGAGGAAUCUGGACGCCCCGAACAAGAAGGUUCUCCAUUGCGACGAUGGCGACGGUAACAAUGGCGUUGCCGGCGGGUUUAAGAAGACGAAGCUCCGGGCGCUGAAAAUCUACGGCGAGCUCAAGAACCUGAAGCAGCCCAUUUCGCCCGGGGGCAGGAUCUCGAGCUUCCUCAACUCGAUAUUCAGCUCCGGGAACGUGAAGAAGGCGAAGAUGUGCUACGUUGGGGCGGUCGAGGACGUGAGCUUCGAGAGGAAAUCCAAGUCCGCUUGCUCCUCUGCCUCCUCUUUCUCGAGAAGGUCUUGUAUGACAAAAUCCCAAACCCCCAACUAUUCUUCUUCUUCCUCUUCGUCUUUUCCCGGAAGAAACAAGACGAAGAGGUCGGUCAGAUUCUACCCGGUGAGCGUGAUCGUGGGCGAGGAUGCGAGGCCUUGUGGCCACAAACCCGUCUACGAGGAAGACCCGACAUUGAUAGUCCCAUUGUCCGAUAGCAGGAGUAGAAGGUUUCAGGAUGUGGUCAAGAAGAACUCGUAUUCCUCUGCCACCAGAGACAGAGGUUUCAGGGCUCGAUUUGAAGAGUACGACGAUGAAGACGACGACGUGGAGAGCUGCGCAAGCUCUGAUCUUUUCGAGCUGGACCACUUGAUCGGGAUCGGGAGGUACAGGGAAGAGCUGCCUGUGUAUGAGACCACUUGCUUGAAGAUGAACCAGGCCAUCGCCAGUGGCAUGAAGCUCUAGUAGACUAUUUCUCCAGUCAUUUUUUUUCUUUUUUCUUUUUUUCUUUUUGGGAAUUUGAUCCUUGGUUUUUAGGGUUUAUUGCUAAUAUAACAAUGGGGUUUGGUGAGUUAUCAAAAAAAAAAAAAACAAUGGGGUUUGGUUGUCAAUUAAGGCCAUCGAAAUAUGUCGCAGCGAGAAACAUAAUUCAUUCACAAUGUAAUUUUCCCUGUAAUUAUGCUUCCAUUUUAAUGGCUUCCCUCAAUUUCAUUCUUA